AUGCUUCAUGAGAUAUCCAACUCAGGAUCAUACUAUCAUAUCUCCUCUAAACCAGAAAAUCUGGGUUCACUUCUCCGGUGGAUAUUAUUUUUGGAGGACAUGGUCUCUGACCUUCAAUAUGAGAAACCCCAAUGGCCUGCCCUACGGGUUUUUGGGGGUUUCUCUGUUUUCUUCUAUGGUGUGGGCGUUGCUGUCUACGCCUUUGAAGGAAUCGGCAUGGUCUUGCCAUUAGAAUCAGAGGCUAAAGACAAAGACAAAUUCGGAAAAGUUCUCGCCCUGUCCAUGGCCUUCAUUUCUGUGAUGUACGGAGGGUUCGGCGCUUUUGGCUACUUCGCAUUCGGGGAAGAAACCAAAGACAUUAUCACCACCAAUCUGGGGCAAGGUUCGCUGAGCAUCAUGGUUCAGUUGGGUCUCUGUGUGAACCUCUUCUUCACUUUUCCUCUCAUGAUGAACCCCGUCUAUGAAGUGAUGGAGAGGCGGUUCCGUGAUGGCGCCUACUACCUCUGGCUGAGAUGGGUGGCAGUGCUGGGGGUGAUCCUGGUGGGCGGAGACUUCUUAUCUCUAGUGGGCAGCAGUGUGUGCUGUGUUCUGGCCUUUGUGUUGCCCUAUUUGUUUCAUCUGAUAGUCUUCAAGGAUCAGCUGAGCAGGAAAGGCAUGGCCUUGGAUGUGGUCAUUCUGGUUCUUGGACUGGUUUUUGGAGUCUCUGGAACCUGGUCUUCUCUUUUGGAAAUCGUCUCGCCCAGUGCCUGAUCACACCCA